AUGCAGAACGAAGUUAUCGCUCGCCACAAGGAUUCUCUCGAGGAUGUUAGGGAGAGAUUCGAGCGGGUUAUGCCGAGAUCUGGGAGUGAAGCCGUUCCUGAUGAAAAAACUGAUGAGGCUACUGAGGAAGGGGACACACAGGAUAUGCCUGGGCACGACAUGGAUGUAGACGAAGAUGAGUGA